AUGCGUCUCGCCUUUGCUCUGUUUGCUGCCGCUGUCGUUGGUGCCUCCACGCCCACGUCCGAUACGUGCCCUUCGAUCCAGCGCGGGUACGACUACCCCGGCAACGACCUCGACAACGUCCAGGUCUCGGGGUCGGACCAGGACAAGGCAGACGCCUGCUGCAAGGCUUGCACGAAAGAGAUCAGCUGCGCUGGCUGGGUCAUCAGCGGCAGCAAAUGCUACCUCAAGAACAAGCUGGACGUCGACUUCAGCGGCAACGACAUUACCGACUUUGGAGUGACCGGCAGCCCGCAAGAGGUGACCAACAAGUGCUGCGAUGCGUGUUCCAAGACCGCCAACUGCGUCGGCUUUGUCACCCACGACGGCCUGUCGGGAUCGGACCAGGCGCAGACGUUUGCGUGUUGCGACGCGUGCGUCAAGACCCCGAGCUGCCUCGGCUUUGUGCUCCACGAAGGCAAGUGUUCGUUGAAAUGGGUCUUGCGCGGCAAGACAGAGCUCAACGGCGCUCUUUCGGGCCAGUACACCGUGUCCAGACCCGGACGUCCCGCGUGCCUCGCCUAA